AAGAGACCUAAAAAUAAAUGAUUACAGAAAGACAUAUCUAAAGGGGAAAAAAAAAACAGAAAUCAAGAUAACAAGAAAUACAGAGAGACUUCGGGAAGGAAGGACUUUUGUUUUUCCUUGUUCUGUUUUAAAACCUUCCUUCCAUAUCUCUCUGUAUUUGAUGAGAAAGAAGAACAGUUUCAUGUGUAUGGCUUUACGUUCAUUUGAUUAGGGUUCUUGUUUCCUCCUUUCACGUUUUCAAGAACAUUAUAAUUGUACAAUGGGGAAUUGCUGUGGAACGGCUGGAUCAUUGAUUGUAAAUGAAAAGCUAAAGAAAGGUUUAAAACUUGCAAAUCCUUUCUCAAUCGACUACGGCCACCGCCACGACGGCGAGAAGCUUGUCGUCCUCAAGGAGCCAACGGGUCGAGAGAUCAAGCUGAGAUACAAACUAGGUCGGGAGCUAGGUCGAGGAGAGUUCGGUGUAACGUAUCUAUGCACAGACAACGAGACCGGGGACGUUUUCGCGUGCAAAUCCAUCUUAAAGAAGAAGCUGAGAACGGCUGUGGAUAUAGAUGACGUUAGGAGGGAAGCUGAGAUCAUGAGGAUUAUGCCUGAGCAUCCGAACAUCGUCACGUUGAAAGAGACUUAUGAGGAUGAUAAAGCUGUGCAUUUGGUUAUGGAGCUUUGUGAAGGCGGUGAGCUUUUCGAUAGGAUUGUGGCUAGAGGGCAUUACACGGAGAGAGCUGCAGCUUCGGUUGUUAAGACAAUCAUGGAAGUUGUUCAGAUGUGCCAUAAGCAUGGUGUAAUGCAUAGAGACUUAAAGCCUGAGAAUUUCUUGUUUGCAAACAAAAAGGAAACUGCAUCUUUGAAGGCCAUUGAUUUUGGUCUCUCUGUUUUUUUUAAACCAGGCGAGAGGUUUAAUGAAAUCGUUGGGAGUCCUUACUACAUGGCUCCUGAGGUACUAAAGCAGAGUUAUGGACCAGAGAUUGACAUUUGGAGCGCAGGAGUAAUCCUUUACAUAUUGCUAUGUGGUGUUCCACCUUUUUGGGCAGAAACUGACCAUGGAGUCGCCAAAGCUAUUCUUCGGUCUGUGAUUGACUUCAGAAGAGACCCCUGGCCUAAAGUCUCUGCCAAUGCAAAAGAUCUGAUCAAGAAGAUGCUUCAUCCUGACCCAAAGCGUCGUCUUACAGCUCAACAAGUGCUUGAACAUCCAUGGUUACAAGAUGGUAAGAAUGCUCCAAAUGUUUCAUUAGGUGAAACCGUAAGAGCAAGACUUAAGCAAUUCACAGUAAUGAACAAGCUCAAGAAAAGAGCACUCAGGGUUAUAGCUGAGCAUUUAUCGGUUGAAGAAGCAUCAGGCAUCAAAGAAAGAUUUCAAGUAAUGGACACUAGCAAUAGAGGAAAGAUUACCAUCGAUGAGCUAAGAAUCGGGUUGCGUAAACUAGGGAUUGUUGUUCCUCAAGAUGACAUUCAAAUCUUGAUGGACGCGGGAGAUGUUGACAAAGAUGGAUACUUAGACGUUAAUGAGUUCGUAGCCAUAUCUGUACACAUCAGAAAGAUGGGCAAUGACGAGCACUUAAAGACAGCCUUUACGUUCUUUGACCAAAACAGGAGUGGUUAUAUCGAAAUAGAGGAGUUACGAGAGGCCCUGGCAAAUGAAUUUGACACAGCUAGUGAAGAAGUUGUCGAAGCCAUUAUCCUUGAUGUUGAUACCAAUAAGGACGGAAGAAUAAGUUAUGAAGAGUUUGCGACGAUGAUGAAAACAGGAACGGAUUGGAGAAAAGCUUCGAAGCAGUUCUCGAGGGAUCGGUUUAAGAAUCUUAGUAUCAAACUGAAGGAAGAGGGAUCCUUAAAUUCUAAUAAUCGCGAUGCAGAGUAGAGCUUGGAAUCCCCAACAGAAAUACUCCAUUAUUCUCAAUCUCAAAAGAUUGAACUGAAUCUGAUUCCGAAGGAAGAAAAUAUUUGUUCUUUUUUUUUGGUUUUUGUUUUUUACUUUCUCACAACGUGUUAGUUUUUGACGGGUAUCAAUUUAAGCUCUAGGCAUUUUUAUAUUGUUGAAAGAUCGAUGGAUCAAGAGAAACCCGUAUCUAUAGAUAAAUUAAAAUUGUAUGUGAGGACAAAAUGUACCAUGCGACAAA